UCUCUAGCAAAGUGGGCACGAUUUUUCUGUUUUUUAACCGAAUUUGUUAUUUUAAUGUAACAAACAAACGCUAAAUAGUUAUAAAACGGUCGGGAAAAUGUGCAGAGUCAGUUUAUGAAUAGAAUAAUGUAAAGAAUUUGGUGAAAAAUCGAGCGGGAAAAGCAGAGCAAGCGAAAAAUCAGUGAGUGCGCGUGUGGGGAGAAGAAGAAAAGUGAAAUACAACGCUGAAAAUUAGCAGCGGCAAAAACGUUGUAAACAAUUGUAAUGUGCUGAGGAGAUAGCCGCCAAGUAGGAUCGAUCAAAAUGACGGAAACCUUCGACGAGGAGUUGUUCGAGACGCGACUGGAGGCGCUAAAGGACACGCAGGAGGGCAUCCAGCAGAUGUCCAACUGGUGCCUGCAGCACCGCACGAAUCACAAAAAGAUCAUCCAGUGCUGGCUGAACGUCUUCAAAAGGGUUCGCGUGGACCACCGCCUGGUACUGUUCUACCUGGCCAACGAUGUCAUCCAGUACAGCAAGCGCAAGCGCUACGAGUUCGUAGAGUGCUGGGCCACAGCCCUCCAAAGAGCCACUACAAUGGUGCGCGACGAGCGCGUCAAAGACAAAAUCCUGCGAAUUUUCAAGAUCUGGGAGCAGCGUGAGAUCUAUAAUGAGGAGUACCUAAGCGACUUGAGCGGCCUGCUCAACAUAGCGCCGCCCAAAAAGUCCCAGGUCGAUGUCAGUGACGAGUUCCAGAACGCCACUCUGAUAGCCAAGGUGAGGGAGUGCGUCGAACUGGCCGAGAUCACCGACAAAAGCAUGCAGAAGCUGCCCAAGCCGCCAACCUUCGAGAUCGAGGUCAUCAAACAGCAACUGAAGGACAAAAGCCACUCCGGGGACAUUGAGAAGGAGGUGGAGCGGUGUGUGGCCUUCAUCAAUGCAUACAACAAGAACCUGCAGAACGAGAUUAAGAGUCGGAAGGCCGUUCUAGCCAGCAUUGAAGCGGCCAAAAAGUUUUACGAACACCAGGGCAAAGAAGUAAAGGUGGUGGCCAGCGCCUAUAAAAGUUUUGGCACGCGCAUUAAAAUAGUGAAAAGAAAGCUGGACGAGACCAUACCCAACCUGGCCAGCCCCAUACCCUCGCCGGACGUAAAUGCUCCUUCACCCGAACGCGAUGCAGAUCUCCAGUUGCCCGAUGAAAAUAAUGUGCCACUGAACCUAUUUGGCGGUAGUCUGAAUGGCUUCACAAGCUAUCUGGACGGUGGCAAACUACCCUUUGAUAUCAACGACUUCAAGCGGGACUCGAAGGAUCGGGGAAGUGCCAUCGAAGUGAUUGGUUCGCGACCGGAUGACGAGGCCUAUGUACCGAGUGCCAAUUUCUACAAACCCGAGCCCAUUUCCAGUUCCGACAGCAGCUCCAUACCGGGUCUUGGCGGUCCCGCUGAAUACACUCCCAAUCCGCCCCUUUUUGGUUCCAGCAGCCAAGAGCAAUAUGUCCCGCCGCCAGCCUCUCAUCUUUACGGUGGCAAUGGAAUAGUAGGAGGCAGUGGGGUUCAGGAGAAUCAGUACACGCCGGCGCCAAUGCCACCGCCGCCCUUGCCACCGUCCAUUGGAACCGCCAGUGGAUCUGCAGAUGAUUUCAACAGCACCUGGAAUAUGAACAUGUCCUGGACGACGCUGGACUCUAGCUUAAAUAGCAGUGGAGCAAGCUCCUCCCCGUACGCGAAUCAAUCAACUCCCCAUUCGCCGCCGCACUUUGAACGAAAGGGCAGCUCCGCGGUUGCCCCCAUCGAAUAUAACGAGCAUCUGCAUAGCAAUUCCGCAGCGCUGGGCGCCGAGGAUGUGGACCAUCGCACCCUGCAGCUCCCGCCGGCAUUCGAAUUUGGGGCAAAGUUGGGUUUGAGCAAGGACAAGUCCAGGCAGCUUGUGGACAUUGAUCACAGGAAUUUAAUAUCACUUACUGGCUCUCCAGGCGGAGCCGAAAAGGUAAAGUAUUUCAUUAGCAGCAUAUGUAAUUUCAUCGGUUUCGUUUGGUGUUUUGUUAAUAUACCAUAUUCCCCAUUUCAGGAAUUUUCUGGCGGUGAUGUUGACUACCGCAUUGUCCCAAAUCCCAAUGAUGAAGGCAUCAUGGCUCCCCCUGGGAAUAACUAUGCCAAAAGCAAGACCAGCUCUCCUCUUAAAUCUAAUGCCAGCUCCUCAUCUGAAUCGGAUCGUGUGGAUGGCGCUGCACGCUAUGAUCCCGCUGAUAUGGUAAUUGAUAUGGACAUGUCUGAUGAUGACUUGGAUGAGUCACUAAGAGAACCCAAGGAAGAUAAUGGAGAGGCUGAUCCCGAGGCCAAUGGCGCCUUAACGCCCUCGCGACCUGUUUUGCUGGAAACUCCAUCCGAGUUUAUCAAUCCGUGGGAGACGAACAACAGUUUUAUGGGCCCACCUUUGACCGAAGACGAGGAUCAACAGCAACAACAUGAGCAGCAGCAACAAGAACUGCAGCAACAUCAUCAGCAUCAGCAGCACCAGCACCAACAGCAGCAGCCUUGGAACCAAAUGAAUCCGAUGCAAAUGGGAGGAGGUGCAGCACCGCCGCCCCCGCGACCCCCUUAUGGACCUCACUUCCCGCCUUUCCAGCGUUUCAAUGGUCCACCGAUGAACGGUCCCGAUGGCAUGCAGCGCGGGCGUGGCAGAGGACGGGGUUGGAACGGACCCGGACCAGGGCCGUUUAGACCGCCUUAUCAGCGGAUGCCCGGUCCUGGGUUCGAUGGACCUGGUCCCGGACCGCGCCCAUUCUUUCCCAGAGGAGGAGGACCCGGCGGUCCGAUGCGUGGACGCGGGCGCAUGCGUGGUAAAGCUUGGAUGAUGUAAUUACGUAUUUUAUAGAUCUACAAAAAGAGAGAAUCCCUAGUUUUAGACUUCACCUAUCUCACUUUGAUUUAACUUAACAAAAAAAAGUGUAUUGUAUAGAACAGAUAACACAUUAACUCCAAACAGUUGUCUUGGUUUCCCUUUGGGCGGUGGGCAGAUGACGUUGACAGAAAUUAUUGUACAUUUUUAUGUAUAAUUUGGCCUGCCCAUGUUUGUUACUCUAAGACGAGGAUUUAAAAUUAUUUGAAUGUAAAAUUAAUUAAAAUGUAAAUUAAUUGUGUAA